AUUUUAUUUUAUUUUAUUAAAAAUAAAAGAAUUGGUCUCCAUUCUAUCAUUCCCCUCUCUUCCUUUUCCAUUAGAUACCAAUAAAAAAUGUAUUGUUCAAGUGAGAUUUAUUAUUAUAGGUAGAAGGGAAAAUCUUGUUUUAAUUCUACAAUUUUAGCUUUCAAGCAAAUCAUCAAUGGGUUCACUUACUACAAACAACUUCUUGAAGUUCACUACUAUUGUCACUCCCUGUAGGAAGUUUGGUGAUCCCAACUGCUCACCAAGGUCUGUAUCCCCUAUAUUGUGCUAUGGGUUUAAAGCCAAUGUAAGGGCAUUUGCUAGUCAGAAGUCGGUAAAGAAAUCGAGGAAAAAAGGGAAAACAGAGAAAAGGGAUACUGCAAUACCUGAUAAGUAUAUGUUAAGUGAUGAUGUUAAUCCAGAUUAUGUUGUAGAUAACAAGAAUGCAUCUCCUCUUGACAUUUCCGAGGCUGGGACUUCUGUACCGAUGAUCCCAUCUAGAGGUUCUGUGCUUAAGGCAUGCAUAAUCACUUCUGGUUUAAUAGGUCUUCUAGGCGUUGUAAUUAGAGAGGGCUCUCAUGUUGCAUCAACAGGAGGAUUGCCUAUUGUUGACUGUUCUGUCGAAAUACCAUUGACUUUCCAGAUGUGGCAUCUUGAGUUGAUUACUGGAUUGGUCAUACUGGUAUCCUCUUGUCGGUACUUAUUACUCAAGACCUGGCCAGAUUUCGCCGAGUCUAGUGAAGCAGCAAAUAGCCAGGUGUUGAGUUCACUUGAACCUUUGGAUUACUUAGUGGUAUCACUUCUUCCAGGCAUUAGUGAGGAGGUUCUCUUCCGUGGUGCAUUGCUACCACUUUUUGGCAUCCAUUGGCAGAGUGUUGUGGCAACUGCUUCCAUAUUUGGGAUAUUACACUUGGGCAGUGGUCGGAGAUACUCCUUUGCUGUCUGGGCCACAUUUGUUGGGAUAGUGUAUGGUUAUGCUACAAUUUCAUCAUCAACUGUUGUUGUGCCAAUGGCUGCUCAUGCUGUAAAUAAUCUAGUAGGAGGCAUCAUAUGGCGCUACACAUCAAAUUCCUCAAAAUAGAUUGCAUGCAGGAACAAAUGCAAAGUAGCUUGCUGUAAUUGCAACAUAGAGAUCUGCACCUAAUGAAGACUCACAAGUUAAAAGAGUCAUUUGGAAUUCCUUUGAUAUACUGUAAUCCCACGAUUGAGAUCUGGAUAGAGUAAGUGUACCCAUACUUUAGUCGUAAUGGUGUAGAUAUUUUAAAAAAUUUAUUACUAGUUUUAAAGGUGAAGCUUCACCAUAUCAAGCUUGACAUAUUGCACAAGA